UGAGUGACUCUCAAUAACACAGCAAACCAGUGACUGAAUCAGAAAUACAAGUCAAGAGUUCUGACUGCCAGUUUUGUCCUCUAUAAAAUAUUCCCCCCUCCCUCUGUGGGUUAAGAUUAGAGGGAGAAUCCUUAGGAAAAUCACAAGGUCAACACAAUCCCUAGGAAUGCAGUGGCUUUCUUUCUAGUCUUUACAGUGGAAUAAUUUUAUAGCCAAAUGUGUUUUUGCUGCAAGUUGCUUUUGACCACCCCAGCAUUUUCUCUUUCCACACUCUGCAGACCACCAGAUGUAUAACAGACCAUCAAAAACAACCAAAUAGUCUGCCUUCCUUGGCAUUUCAUCUGAGCAGAGAGGUCAAGCAAAAUGAUGUAUAAUUACUUCCACUCCUCCCUAAAUUCCACAUAUCUGGCAGAGCCACCAGUAACAUACCACAUCAACUACUCACAAGGUAUAGACCCAUGUUAGUCCAGUAGUUCCCAAGGAGAGAGAAAGAAGGGCAACUGACGAUUAGGAAAAAAAAAAGCACAAAAAUAUCUCUGAAAGAACUGAAUCUGCAUCACCAAUUUAAGUAAAUUAAAUAGGAGGAGUCAUGAAUUGCAAAAGCUUGAACAUUGGUUUUUAACCUUUGCAAAAUCACUUCCUUCUCUUCACCACACCUGUUUUAUCAGCGACGUUUCAUUGUCAGAUCAUAGUGUAAGCUAGCACACUAUAAGGAAAUACUAAAAUCUUCUCCAUUCAGUUGUGAAUGUUACGUGUUGCUUUUCACCAUUUCCAUAUGUUGAAGCUGUUUCUCUUCAUCUUUUUGACGUACCGGGUGAGAUCAGAUACAGAGCAAAAAUGUGAAGAGUUCACAGAUCUUAACAUACACAAUGCUUUAGCUGGGACAGCUCUAAAAGUGAAACUGCUGUUAUACACAAGGACAAACCAAAACUGUGCUGAGAGUCUCAGUGAAUAUAAUACAACAGCAUCUACAUAUCUGGAUGUGACCAAGAAAACUGUCUUUAUAGUCCAUGGCUUAAGACUAACAGGCUCUACACCAAUAUGGCUGAAUGACAUUAAAGAACUUCUGCUGUCUUUAGUGGACAUUAACCUCAUUAUAGUAGAUUGGAACAGGGGUGCUACGACUAUAAUUUAUCAUAAUGCUGUCCAAAACACCAGAAGAGUUGCAGAAAUCUUGAAGAAAUAUAUUGACCAGAUGUUGGCAUAUGGAGCCUCUCUUGACUCUAUUUAUAUGAUUGGAGUUAGCCUUGGGGCUCAUAUAGCUGGAUUUGUUGGAGAAAUGUAUAAUGGUACACUUGGCAGAAUUACGGGUCUUGACCCAGCUGGCCCUUCAUUCAGUGGGAAACCACCAAAUGAGAGAUUGGAUCAUACAGAUGCCAAGUUUGUUGACGUCAUUCAUACUGAUAUAGAUGUUCUAGGCUUCAGGGAACCUUUAGGACAUAUCGAUUUCUAUCCAAACGGAGGAGCAGAUCAGCCUGGCUGUCCACAAACACUGUUUAGUGGAGCUCAGUUUUUUAAAUGUGACCAUCAGAGAUCUGUUUUCUUGUUCCUGUCAUCCUUGAGACGGAGUUGCAACAUAACAACAUACCCUUGUGAUUCAUACUUGGAUUACAAGAAUGGAAAAUGUGCCAGCUGUGAAGCUUUUCAACCAAUGCCAUGUCCAGUACUGGGUUAUUUUGCUGAUAAGUGGAAAAACUAUUUAAUCCAAAAAGACCCUCCAGAGACAAAGGCUUAUUUUGAUACCUCAGGCCAAGAACCAUUCUGCAUGUAUUACUACUUUGUGGAUUUUAUUACUUGGAACAAAAGCAUUAGGAGAGGUUUCAUUAGAAUUAAAAUAACAGACAGUGCUGGAAACACAAUAGAAUCAAAAAUGAAUAGUGAAGCUGCUACAUUUCAGCAGUAUAGACAAGCCAGUAUCUUUGUUGGAUUUUAUGAGGAUUUUGACAAAAUAUCAAGAAUUUCCUUGACUUUUUCUACAAGGACUCUAAUAGGCCCAAAAUAUAAGCUCAGGAUUCUCCGAAUGAGGCUAAGAUCUACUACAGAUCCAGAAAGGUUGCAGAGGCUGGUAGGGGGCAAUGUGCUGGGAGAGACGCAGAGUCUUGGAUCACAGCUGGGCCGUGAUUAGGCAGGCAGCCAAGCAGCCAGCCAGUGUCACAGGAACAAGCCAUCAGAGUUGAAAACAGGGGAGUUUGAGGGGAGAGCUGUUGGAAGGGAAGGGAGGCAAGUUCCUGUUCCUUAGAAGCAAUGAGUGAGUUCUUGAGAGCUUGCUUGCUUGCUUCUUUGGUUGCUGGUUUGUUUUCUGUUUGCAGAGACUGACAGGAGGCAGUGUGCUCACAGUGGAGCCUUGAUUAGUGGGUUUAUCAAGGCAGCCAGUCAGUGAUGCAGAAGCUGCAGCACAAUAGCCAGCAAACAGCUGAAAACAGGGGAGUUUGGGUGGGUGUUUUUAAGGGGAGUUCAUGGGAGUGAGUGUGGUGGUUUUAAUUUGUGGAAGUUUUUUUCCCUUGACAGGAGCUUAGGUGUGAAGGCUAUCACAGUGAGAGAGGCAACUGUGAUAGUGACCUAAGAAAUGGAAGAGACAAAAUGACUGGGUGUGGAGCCCGUGAGAUGUACAUUAUCCUGAAGUGGGCACCUGAAAGGUGCUUUAUAUGAAGUGUCACCUGAUAGGGAUGAUGUAAAAGAGUCGAGGUUUGGAAAUGCAGGUCGAAACUAUGGUUGAGCUUUGAAGAUGAUUUGAGCACAUGAUGGAGGGAAGGCGAGAGAAGGCUGAAGGGAAACCACAAGACUUACAGAUGUAAGCUGGACUGGAGAACUGUGAGGGUAUAUUGCUGGAGGAGGAAAGUGGUAAGUAGAAGCAUGUGACUGUCAGAACCAGGCAGAGGAGAACACCUGCUAUUGAAGGUGAAAUAGAGCUGAGGAACAGGUUUGCUGAAUUGGAAAAUGAAGAAGGAGUGCAGCAGGCAGUAACAGAGGUAGGAGGGUAAGGAAGAAGAGAAGAGGGAAUAGUCAUACAGAAAGAGGGGAAGAGACAGUGGAGAUAGCCAGUUUGGAGACCCAGAAGGAUAGAGAAUGUCUCGCAUAAGAUUGCAAGUGAGAACAAAAGACAGAAAAAAACAGGAGGAGGAAGGCUGGUGCACUGCACAAUCCAAGAAAGAGGCAGGUCUAUGUGAUUGUGGACUCUCUUCCAAAAAUGGACAGGCCUGUCACCAGAGCUGAUCCAAAGAACAGAAGAGUGUGCCAGGAGUUAAGAUACAGCAUAUGGGCCUGAGGCUGGAGAGGAUCCUAUUGGGAGCAGGAAAGAAUCCACUGAUGUUCACACGUGAAGGACAAAAUGAUACUGCUAGCUUCUCACCGGAAUGCAUCAAGAGAGACUUGCCAGGUUGGAGAAGAGGCUUAAAUAAAUGAAGGUUCAGAUAAUCUUCAGUGGAGUUCUGCCUGUCCCUAGAAGAGAAGAAUGGAGGUGAGACAAGAUUCUGAUUAUCAACAGAUGACUUGGGCAGUGGUGCUAUAAGGAGGACUUUGGGAUGUUCAACCACUGGGAGGCAUUCACAAACAGAGGACUGUUCUCAUUUCACCUGAGUAGGGACAGAAAUAGACUUCUGGGAUAGAGACUGGCACAAAUGAUUAAAAAGCUUUAAACGAGGAAUUUGGGGAAGAUGGUUAGGAGAUAUUCAUGUAAUCUGCAUGCCUGAUUCUAGUAUUGAGCAGGAGGAAAAUCAAGUAAGAGGAUAGAGCAAUGGAGAAAGGAAUGACGGAUGGUAAGGGAAUGGACAUCAAGAGGAAAGAUAGUGUCAUUGGUAUUACUGGCAGUAGAAUUAUUUAACCUAAUCAGACUAGGAAGCUGGGUGAAGCCAAGCAGAAACAACUAAGAUGUCGGUACACCAAUGCAAGGUGUCUGAGUAACAAAAUGAAGGAACUAGAAAUACUGAUGCAGAUGUGAAACCAGGUAUUAUAGGAUAACAGAAACAUGAUGGAAUUGUAAUCAUGACUGGAACACAGAUAUUGAAGUGUAUGUGCAGGCCAGGAAAGAUAGAAAUAAAGGUAAAGGUGAUGGAGUAACAUUAUAUAUUAAUGAUAAAGUUGACUGUAAAGAAAUUACAAGUGAUGGAAGGGAUAAAAUGCAAUCUGUUUGAGUCAAACUCAUGUUGGGGAAGAAAUCUAAGAGAGACUUCACUGGGAUGGUGCUUGGGGUAUGCUACAGGCCCCCAGAAUAUGAUUUGGGUAUGGAUAGAAACCUCUUUAAUAUUUUUAAUGAAAUAAAUACUACUGGGAAUUAUGUGAUUAUGGAAGACUUUAAUUUCCCAGAUAUAGAUUGGAGGAUAAGUGCUACUAAUAAUGGUAGGGCCCAGGUAUGCCUGGAUACGAUAGCUGACAGAUUUCUUCACCAAAUAGUCACUGAAACAAAAAGAGGUGAUGCCAUUUUAGAUUUAGCAUUGGUAAGUAGCCAGACCUCACUGAAGAGUUGGUUGUAGAGGAGAACCUUGGUUCGAGUAUUCAUGAGCUAAUUCCAUUUAAACUAAAUAGAAGGAUAAAGAAAAGUAGGUCUGAAAUAAGAGUCCUUGAUUUCAAAAGGGCAAACUUUUUUUGAAAAAAUAAGGAAGGGAAUUAGUUAGGGAAGUGGACUGGACUGAAGAAACCAAGGAUCUGAAUGUGAAGGAUGCUUGGAAUUACUUUCAGUCAAUGUUGCAGAAACUAUCUGAAGCCUACAUCCCAAGCAAGGGGAAAAUAUUCAUAGGGAAGGGUUGAAGACCAAACCAGAUAAGCAAGCAUCUCAGACUGGUUAUUCAGAAAAAGCAGAAAGAAAUGAAGCAUCAGAUGGUAUAGCAAGGAAAGCUAUCUUUUGGAGGUCACUAAGUGUAAGGUAAAAGUGCAAACUGUCAAAAGCCAAGCAGAGUUGGACCCUGCAAAGGAAAUUAAAACUAACAGUAAAAGGUUUGUUAGCCAUAUAAAUAAAAAGAAAACAAGGAAAGAAGUGGUACUGCUAAGCACUGAGGAUGGGCGGAGAUUAAAGAUAAUCUAGGAAUGGUCCAACACCUAAACAAGUAAUUUGCCUCAGUUUUUAGUAAGGGUAAUGAGACGUUUAGGAGUAGUGGCAGAGUGGCUAAGGGAAAUGAGGGUAUGGAAGUAGAAAUUACCACAUCCAAGGUGGAAGUCAAACUCAAACAGCUCAAUGGGACCAAACUAGGGAACCCAAAUAAUUUGUAUCCUAGAAUAUUAAAGCAACUGGCACAUGAUAUUGCAAAGCCAAUUGCAAAGAUUUUUAAUGAAUCCAUUAACGUGGGGGUCAUACCUAUGAUUGGAGAAUUGCUAAUAUACUACCUACUUUUAAGAAAGAGAAAAAGUGAUCCAGGAAACUACAGGCUAGUUAGUUUGACCUCAAUUGUAUGCAUGGUCUUGGGACAGAUUUUGAAAGCAAGACUAGUUAAGGACAUAGAGGUAAAUGAGGUAAAAUACAACAUGGUUUUACAGAAGGUAGAUCAUGCCAGGCCAACCUGAGCUCUUUCUUUGAGAAGACAACUGAUUUUUUUUAAGACAAAGGAAAUGCAGUAGAUCUUAUCUACUUGGAUUUCAAUACAUUCCAUACUGGGGAAAUUAUUAGUUAAAUUGAAGAUGGGGAUUAAUAUGAGAAUUGAAAGGUGGAUAAGGAACUGGGUAAAGGGGAGACUACAGUGGGUCAUACUGAAAGGUGAACUGUCAGGCAGGAGGAAGGUUACUAAUGGUAUUCCUUAGGGACUGGCCUUGGAAUCAAUCUUAUUAUUCGUUCAUGACCUUGGCACAAAAAUUAGGAGUGUGCUAAUAAAAUUUGCAGAUAGCACAAAGUUGGAGAUAUUGCCAAUACAGAGGAAGACUGGAGUAUCACAGAAGAUCUGAAUGACAUUGAAAACUGGAGUAAUAGAAAUGGGAUGAAAUUUAAUAAUGCAAGGUCAUGCACUUGGGGACUGUCAACAAGAAUUUUUGCUACAAGUUGGAAUGUAUCAGUCGGAAGCCACAGAUGAGGAUAAAGACCUGGGUGUUUCGUCAAUCACAGGAUGACUAUGAGCUGCCAUUGCGAUGUGGCUAUGAAAAAAGCCAAUUCAACUAAGGCAGCAUCAGGUGAAGUAUUUCCAGGAGAGGUAAGGAAGUUACCAUUAUACAACGAACUGAUGAGACCUCAUCUGGAAUACUGUGUGCAGUUCUGGUCUCUCAUGUUUAAGAAAUAUUAAUUCACACUGGAACAGGUGCAGAGAAGGUCUACGAGGAUGAUCAGAGGAAUGGAAAACCUACUUUAUGGGAGGAGACUCAAGGAGCUUGGCUUUUUUAGCCUAACCAAACAAAGACGGAGAGGAGAUAUGAUUGCUCUCUAUAAAUAUAUCAGAUGGAUAAAUAGCAGGGAGAGAGAGGAAUUAUUUAAGCUAUGCACCAAUGUGAACAGAAGAACAAAUGGAUAUAAACUGGCCAUCAACAAGUUUAGGCUUGAAAUUAGAUGAAGGUUUUUAACCAUCAGAGCAGUAAAGUUCUGGAACAGCCUUCCAAGGGGAGCAGCAGGGGCAAAAAUCUAACUGGUGUCGAUAUUGAGUUUAAUACAUUUAUGGAGGGGAUGGUAUGACAAAACUGCCUAUGCUGGCAUGUUGCCAAUCUGCAGCUGCUUGUAGCAAAUAUGUCCAAUGGCCAGAGAUGGGACACUAGAUGAGAUGGGCUCUGAGUUACUGCAGUGAGUUCUUUCCUAGAUGUCUGGCUGGUGGGUCUUGCUGACAUGCUCAGGGUCUAACUGAUUGUCCUAUUUGGGCUUGGGAAGGAAUUUCCCCCCCAGGGCAGAUUGGUAGAGGCCCUGGGAAUUUUUGCAGGAUGGGGCAAGGUUCACUUGCAGGAUUAAAUCAUAGUAAAUGAUGGAUUCUCUGUAACCUGAAGUCUUUAAAUCAUGCUUUGAGGAUUUCAGUAACUCAGCCAGAGGUUAUGAGUCUACUACAGGAGUGGGUGGGUGAGGUUCUGUGGCCUGCAAUAUGCAGGUCAGACUAAAUGAUCACGACGCUCCCUUUUGGCCUUAAAGUCUGAGUCUGAGAUUUCAAAAUAAUUUUAAUACAGAUUUUAUGAUGCUUUUAUAUGCUGUAAUUACAUAAUUGCUCAUGGUAAUUCCAUAAAUACUUCGAAUUUAGAAUGACUACACAUAUUCACUUCAUGUAGUUAGACAUAAUGACAAUAAUUACAUAAAUACACCAUAAUCAGAAAGGUCUGAAAUAUUCAUACAGCAAAAGAUUAGAUUAAGAAAAGGGCACAGGUGCAGGGAGAAGAGAGACCCAUGGCGCUAUGCUAAUAGGGGACAGUUGUAGUCCAAGGAAUAUCAUAGAUGGGACAAUUCUCACCUGAACUGCCACAUGAUCCACACAGAUGAUGAAUG